UUGUGACUCAUGAUUGUCAUUUUUACAGCUCAGCGUCAAAAUAAAAAUAUUAAAUCGAUUUGUGUUGAUACGAAUAAAAUAAGUAACAACUGUUAAUUAAUUUCAUAUAUUACUUCUUUUGUACAUAAGUAAAUAGAGAAUACCUAAAAUGGAUUUAAAUAAGUUACCAAAUGACAAGAAGUUAGAGCUUUGUAGAAAUUAUUUCAAAGUUGGUUGUAUAUUCUUGCCAUUUGUGUGGGCGGUCAAUGCGGUGUGGUUCUUCAGAGAAGCCUUUGUUAAACCAGCUUUUGAGGAGCAGAAGGAAAUUAAGAAAUAUGUAAUUCUAAGCACAAUCGGAUCUAUAAUAUGGAUUGUCAUACUUGCUGUAUGGAUUACGGCGUUCCAAAUGAAUAGAGUGGCGUGGGGCGCUGUUGGCGAUAGUUUGUCGUUUAUAGUGCCUUUGGGAAGAGCAUAGAAUAAGUUAAUAUAAUAAUGUCAACAUCAUCAUCAGCCCAUAUACGUUCCUACUGUUGGGACACGGGCCUUCUAUGACGGCUCAGGCCAUAACUCAAAUAUUUAUUUAUAAAAUUAGACUUCUUUUAGACGCACUUUCAAAUCGUAAUUACAUAUUUUUAACAUUUACUACCGAUUCGGAAAGCAGUAUCCAUGGAGAAGAACUGGCAAGAUAUUCCAUAGUUGCUCUUUUAACUAUUCUAGUAAAUUUUGCUUCUUUCAUAAUCCACCACGCAGGCCAAGUGCGUGUUGACGGAUGUCACAUGUCGUCAAAUUCUUCAUUCUUCAACAUGUCGGUUUCCUCACGAUGUUUUCCUUCACCGUUUGCAGUGAUUAUAUUAUGACAUGACGUGUAGAUAAAUUGAUAAUUCAACGCUUGUUUCAACCCACGGCUCAUUGAUAUUAAAUGAAGAACAGAUUAAUUUUUGUAGGCUGAGGACUUAUAUUACGUUCAAUAAGAGCCAGCGCGCACGAGCAACUUUGUCUCCGCAACUACUUUGUCUCUCCCAUCAAUUUGUAUGGGGAGUUGCGUCACUACGUGCGCACACUUUCAUACUAGCCCAUGGGUGGGAGAGACAAAAUAGUUGCGGAGACAAAGUUGCUCGUGCGUGCUGGCUCUAAAAGUUUACAUAUUAGCAACUUUUUCAGUUUAUGUAAAAUAAUUAUUUAUUGUAUAUGCUAAGAAAAAGGCUAAUACAGCUUUGCUUAAAAUGAAAUAAAUACAUUUUGUAAAAUAUGUAUUAAGAAAAUGAUAAAUAUUAUAAAUUGUAUUUUUAAGAUGAAUAAAAGACAUGCAUAUAGAA